AGUGCCACUGAAUUGAUGUUAAAGGUUUUAAUUAGGGUACAAACAUGUUUCAGUGCAGAGACAUUUCUCUAGUCUAUUUAUCAACAUAGGACACUGGGGUAAGCUGCUGAGAUCAUAUAUACUCCACACAGAAACACAGACAUGAUCAUCAUUACUAAUAAGCCUACACAGAAACAUCUGAGUCGGAACCAUGGGCCUUAAACAACAAAUAAUCAAAUAGCCUGCAGGAGCUCAUGACCUUUAUCCUACAUCUGUGCCAUUUAGGGACAUACAUAUGUUUUCUAUCUAAUGAGUUUCCUUUCACUGUAUGCUAUGUCACUGUACUGUAAGAAAACACAAACAUGGUCUUGUUAGCUGUUCCACAUUUCUUGGUGUGUUCCCACACACUGAAGUUUAGACUGUUAUUACAGGUUAUAUUGAUUCUGUUAACAAAACAUCAAUACUACAGUUACAGCUGAGAUAUUCUGAUUUUGCUUGAUCAAGCGCCCAAAAUACUGGCCACAUUUCCCAUGAUGCAACUUGAUAAUGUCUUUUGUGAGACAACUUUACAAACAACUUUAGUUUAGAAAUGUGUUAGAAAUGUGUCGACAUCAUCUCAGGUUACUGUUUCAGAUUUAAAGCUCCAGACUCUCAGACAUCAGACAUCGAUGGAGUGCCCCUUUAACGCCACCACGCCAGAUGUGCCUCCAGAUAAAUCUUACGCAUUUAUUUUGAAGGCAGCAUCAGCUGUUUCCGGUAUUGUAACCGUACAUUGACGCAGCUGCCAGCAGAGAUGGAGAGCGCUCUGCGGUCGCAGUAGGGACAUCAGACGCGCCUGCACACAGAAACAUACACGGUGAGACGCGUAAAGGAAUAAAAAGACAUCUCUUUGUUUCCUGAUCGACCCUCACAGCCUCCAUCAGGCUCAUGGAGAGCGGAGCCCUGCUUGUCCGCAUCGGGGACAGGUUGAUCGGAUGCCUUUCACCACAGCAGAGCCGUUAGAUGUUUUCCAUUCAGGAUUAAUUGGUUGACCAAUGGCUCCCAAACAUGCGCUCCUCUCCAGCAGCGGCAGCAGUGGCCUCGGGGUCGGAGGGAUAAAUGUUAAAGAAGACCCCUGCUCUGCCUCUCCGACGGCAUGGAUCCCGGAUGCAGGGAUGGUGGCCGUCUGCACGCCGAGGAACGGGAAGAGGAAACGGUCGCUGAGUGGGAUGAUGGCCCGGUGGCUUGUGAUCAUCGGCGCAGUGCUGAUGCUGAUGAUGCAGAGCUCCUUGGCCGCUGAUGCUGAGGGAGAUCAUCGUGAGUCAGUACGGCCGGCUGUAUUGCCUCUGGACCCCGCAGUGCCCUCCAACCUCUCAGCCACCCCCAGAAUUGGAGCUAAAGACAAAGAUGGGAUGGAUGGGACUGAUGUCGGUCCUAGAGCCUGGCCUGAGGGCAAAGUGUUUGCUGAGGCCAGAACAGCAGUUUGGACUGAAACAGAAGCAGGAAUGCGUGCUGGAGCAGGUGGAAAAGUCUUUGCAGAGACUGGGAUUAUGACUGGAACUGGAGCCUGGGCUGAAGUUGAUGCUGAAUGGAGGCCAGUGGACAAGGAGGGGGGUGACCUGCCCAACAUGCCCAGGGACCCAGCUGCCUGGCUGGGGCAGCAGAGGCUGCAUACGCAUGGACAGGGCCAAAGAGAGCAGGCAGCUUUUUCAUCAGUCAUCACCAUGCUCGCAGAAACAGCAGAGCUUCAGGCACCAGCAGUGAGAAAACCUUUAGGUCUGCUGUCUAAAGCUGCUUGGACCAAAAGCUCCUCUUCAUCAUCAUCCAAGGCGUCCUCUUCCUCUUCCUCCUCCUCCUCUUCUGUGACAAAAGCAUCCUCUUUGCCUUCCACCUCCUUAUCCUCCUCCUCUGCAACCAGUAACAGAGACAGUCAGACAGCAGGAUCAGGCAAUGUCUCUCUGGUUGCUGUCACCUACAACUCCUCCAGCAGCAACAGCAGCUUCAGUCUGGAGGAGUCAGUGAACAGUCUGCCGGCCUGGGACCUCCCCACUGUCCCUGAGUCACUUCUGUCUACAGUGGGCGACCAUGACGUCACACUUCCUGCCAAUGUCACCAGCCCUUUCUCCACCCACCAAUGGAACACCACCAUGCCUGUGCGCACCAGAAACACCUCACGGCACACAACCACUUCAAGCACCACCAUAAAGACAUCUCUAUCACCCACCACCACAUCAACUUUACUGUUAUCUACCACGGCAAGAGCACAAACGCCAUCAGAAUCCACCACGGCUUCCAACACUGCAAGCCUGGACACUGUGACCAGCGAUAACCUUCAGCUAACGACAGUAACCAUGACGACGCCCUCAACGACCACUCUUACUGUGACCACUGACGAGGUGACAAUGCAGGUAGCAACCACUGUGAGUGCUGUAUCUUUACCAUCGAAUAUCACUGCUGCUACAACCAUGCAGCAAACGACAAGCCUCAAAGUGACCACAGUGGCUAAGACUCAGCCUACAACAAUCACUACAACCACACCGGCCCCUACUACCACCACUACUCUACCCCCAACCACCACCACCACUACUCCUGCCCCCACUACUACUACUACUACUACUACUACUACACCUGCUACUACUACUGUUGCCACCACUUCUACUACUACAACUACAGCCACAACAGCAAAGGUACCUGUUACCACUGUGUUCAUCCCGGGCCAUACUACACCAUCUUCUACCACAACCGCAGAACCUCCAUCCAGCACCACUGCAGAGGAAAGUCCUCUACCAUGCAACGUGACUGAGAAAUAUUGGGUCAGAUCAGUUUUAUCCAUUGAGCUGCGCAGGAACUGCCUGGACCUGAUCCUUAAACAGAAUCUCUCUAAAGGACUGAGCCAUGCCCUGCAGAGAGCACUGAAUGACUCCUCUGCCUAUGCACAGGUGGAGCAUGAUGACUGCAGCCCCCAUAACGUGACACUGGGUUACUACGUGGCCAGUGGAAAAACUGUCUACAUUUCCUCCUUGGUGGUUGAGGCACUGAAUGUUUAUGGUUUUGACAAGCUGCUGUCUGACAUCAGGCAGCACAUCCCAUUGGUUAAGGCAGUUCUGGUUCCCGUGGCAACCUGGGUGCCCACUCCGAGCAUUCACCUGCAGUUGAAAACAGUGUUGAGGUUCGUCGGCCCGACAGACAACAUCUACUCCUGCAGUUUUGUCCAGAUGUUGGAACAGAGGCUUGAAAACGCCUUUGAUGAAGCUCAGGACAAAGUGCUGGAGACCUACAACAGGCUCACUGUGGAGAUCCAGAGUGUAUCUCAGGAGCCGGGGUCUCCAUCAGUCACUGUCGUGUACAUGGUGAAGAAUCAGGAUGCGAUUCUUAAUGGGACAAUCUCCAGCGGUCUCCUCAACCAGCUGACUGCUGAGCUGGUGGGCUACUUCCUGUUCUACCCACCACUGGUCAUUGCUGAGCCCCUUGAAUACCAUAACCUCAACACAUCGACGGCAACCAAGAACUAUUGGGUGAUAACAGUGAUCCAGGACGUGGACAGCUCCUCCCUGGAGGACAACUAUCAGAGCUUUGCCAGCCUGAUGGAGCAGCGGCUGGCCGAACUUUUCCUUGUGGCUGGUAGGCAGGGCUCUCGGACAGUACGAUCCCGGCGUGCCAGCACUGUAGGGGGCUACACUGUACAGAUGGUGAGCAUGCGUCGACUGCCUGGCCCCAAGAACCCAGCAGAGAUGACCUACUAUGCCCAGCUGAAUGGAGCACCCAUCACUGGAACCACUGCUGCCAAGACCCUGAGCAGUCUAGACUCUCAGACCAUGGCUCUGACUCUGGGAUACUUUGUACAAGUACAGGCUGAACCUGUGGUGAAGACACCACCCAGCAACCUGUGGAUCAUGGCCAUUCUAACGCCCCUCUUUCUGUUGAUGGUGGUGAUCGGCAUGGUGGCCUUCAUUUUAUGUAAGAGAAACAGAGUCAUCUUCAAAACUGGCGCCUUCAGGACCUUCAAAACCCGCUCUAAAACUUCGUACCGAAGGGAGGGAAGUUACCACCACCAGCCUGUCCAGGGCUUCGACUAUGCCAAGAAGCACAUGGGUCGAACAGGUGAUGAGGCCAUCUCAGUUACUAAGGAGACGCUGGUGUUGGGACUGCCUGUGCGAGAUGCUCCAUUGUCAUUGUCAUUGGAUAAGAAGGUCCACCAGGAUGGAACUGCCAGUAAAAGGCCCCCAUCUGCUGACAUUCACAAGGGAGGACGGUUGCCAAGUGAGGAGGAUGGCUCAGUGUCGAGUAACGGCUCAGGGAAGCUGAACACCAGCAAGACCUCAUCAGCCCGUAGGACAACAACUGGUAGCAGCAGCAAGAAUGGCAAGGAGGAGCUGCACAAGAGGAACACCAAUGACCCAUAUGAAGACCAUUCAGGUUCUCUGCGUCUCAUUACCAUUAAACCCAUGACGGCUCAGCCAACAUACUCCUACCCCUCCUCCUCCUCCCACAGCCAAGACUCUGUGGUCGUCAAUGGAGAGGCAAACCAUGGCGGGUUGAAGCAGAAGUCGGACAUUGAGCACUACAGGAACAAACUGCGUCAGAAGGCCCGCAGAAAGGGUUAUGGAGAGUUCUCGCUAUCUGAGAGCGGCAGCCACGGUUACAGUCACCGUGACACCAGGCAUAGUCGGCACGAUAAUGGGGUCAAGGAGCCAAUGACCGCAGAGGAGAAGAGGGCCUCUUUUGCAGGAUGUCAUAAGAGGUACUCCCAUCCACGGGAGCCCACCUAUUGGAGCAGACAGUCUCUGAGCAGCCCGAGCCCAGUGGAGACGGAGAUGGACCUGCUGGUCCUGAGAGAAAGAUCCAGAAGGGGCAUCCGUAACAAUGGCUACGAUGGUGAACCAGAGCCAUUUGAAGAGACCAACGUAGACCGUCUGAUGAGCUCUCUUGGUUAUGGAGGUGGAUCUACUGGCACCGGGAACGGCAGCCUGGGGGUGAAAGCUCACCGUGGCUCUGACUCCUCCACGCUCAGCUCUCAGCCAUCCAUUGACGAGGUCCGCACGCAAAUGCAUAUGUUGCUAGGCAACGCCUUCAGCCUGGCACCCCCGGACCAUGACCCACCUUCCCCUCCAACCAACCGUCACCAUCACCACCACCAUGCCCACAGCGCUUACAACCCCUCCCAUGCCAGCCACUACAGUGACGGGGUGACCAGCGCCCCAGGGACCAUGAACCAUCCCUGUGGAGGCAGACAGAGGAGCACAGGCUAUGAGGACAUGCACCAGUGCAGCCUGCCCAAACCAGGUUUCCGGUUCACUCAACUUCCUGAUAUGGGCAUUGGUUCUCCUCCGCCACUGAUCCCCUCUAGACCAGGACCACCACCUGGGACCUCACUACGACGUUCCACCCCUGAUGUUAGUCUGAAGCCUCGUGUGUCAGAGGCCUCAGACCUCCAGGCCCAGCAACACAAUGGCACCCCCUACCUGCCGCUGUCUAGGACGCCCUUCCCUGCAGUUACUGUCGACCAGUCCAUCACCACCUACUCAGGAAACCCAAUAACAGCAGUCUAUGCUAUAUCAGCCAACCGCCCAGGCUACUCAGACUACUUUGUCAUGUCGCCACCGUCCUCGUACCGUAGCCCAUCCUGGAUGUCCUACCCACCAGAGCCAGAAGACCUGCCAAGGCAGUGGAACGACACGCCGAACUCACGUCAUCUUGAAACCAUCUGUUGAAGUCGUCUGCAUGUGACACUGAGCAGAAACAGCUGAAAGCGUGGUGUCUUUCUGGAUGGGAAGAGGAGACUCUGGAGCUUUAUCACCCCUCCCACACAUGAGCCUGGCCUUCCUCCUGUUUGAUUCAUUCAUCACCAGUGGACCCCCUCUUGCUCCACAUUAUUUCCAGCUGUCCCUCUCUGCACUGGCCCAGCCUCCAUUGAUCCCCUCUCAGCCCAUUUCAUCUGCAGCUCAAAAUGCAUUUUCCAUCCCCCAGAACUCCUCUGCCCCUGUAAGCCCUUUCACCUGGUCAAAGCUCCACUUCAAUCUCCUUGCCAAUACAAAACCUCAGCCAUAAUUCUCUCUCUCUCUCUCUCUCUCUCUCUCUGCCUCUCUCUGUCUCUCUGUCUCUCUCUGUCUCUCUCUGUAUUUUUUCUGCUCCCUGAGCCCCCGGCCUCAUUGGCCCUUACUGGCCCCUGUGGGCCCCUAGUCACUAUCUUUAUGUAGACUGCCUCUUCUGUUGUACCACCACUGUACAGCCAGAGGUUCACACUGCUGAACUGAGCUGAGCUAAGAUAAAUUGUGUGACACUGUACUGUGCUUCCCUGCUUAACUACACGUGUGCAGUGUUGAUGAACAGGGUGAGCACAGUACAGUGUAACAUGCAGUGUGACAAGUUCUCUGCCCCAGCAAUCAUUGUACAGUAACUGCCAUCUGCCCAGCACACAAUGGCACACAGCACUGCGUUACCAGUACAGUAGUGCCCCAGCCAUGGCCAGUAGACUACUCCUCUGACCUGGACUGGACUGGACCGAACCAUCCUGGACAUGCUCUCAAGGUCCACCUUAAAGCCAGGAAUGCUGGACUGACUUAAAACUGUGCUUUUUUGAUGAAUCCAAAUUCCUAUAUAAACCUUCUACAGCUGAUUAAUAUGUGUAUUUUAAACUUAAGUGAAAAAACAUAAGGAAAAAGAAAAAAAAAUCUUGUCUUGGGCUGUCUCAAUUUCAGUUUUUGGAUAUUUGUGUGCUUUUGUCUUUAUUUUUGUGCAUUGAUUAUUAUCAAUGGAUUACUGUAUAAAAAAGAUGUAGUGAGUGUUUCUCUUUCACUCACCUUAUAUCAAGGCAAAAAAAUACAUUCUUUGAAGCAGAGAAAAUGGCAGCUUAGUUGUCUGUGGUUAUGAUGGCAUUUCUGUACUUUUAAAAAGAAUUACUUCAUUUACCUUUUUCCUUCAUCAGAUUCAGCAAUGAAAACAAGAAUUAAUCACUAUGUUCUGUCGAUCAUCUGAUUAUGAAGUUUUUGUCUGCUAACCAUUAGACAGACCUGAGUCAAAUAUACACAUUGAAAUCCUACUCACAUGCAAUUCUGUGAUUUGUAGCUUUGCAGUUGCUGCAGAGGUUGUUUGACUUUUCACAAAAGGCAGAUAUGAACACCUUGGAUAAAAACAUUUGCAAUAUGAUGAGUUGGAUUGGAAGUGAUUUCAAUUCUGGUUUGACUCAGGUCUAUUACAAUUACGUGAACACACCAGUAUUCUUAGAAAAACAGUUAUUUUACUUGAAAGGUGUCUACUGUAUUCUACUAUAUAAGGAACUUUGACCUUUGGUUAUUUUGGUUUUGAUGAAGAGGGAUGAAUAUUUGGUCACUGGAAUAUGGUGUAGUACUGUUGAAGAGAUUUGCUGGACUCGGAUGAGCAGUAUAUGUAAUGAUUAAAUGUAUUAUUGUAUAUAGCAGAUGAUUUAACAAAGAGAUUUAUGCAAGUAGUGUGGGAGGGAAACUUUGCUUCACGUUGUUCUGAUGCCAUUUUCCUUCCUUUUAGUUUCACAGCAUUUAUGAUGAAUGACUGUUUUUGAAACUCAGCUUUCUGAAGGAUGCACACAUUUCAGUAUCAUCUGGAUCAUCUUGUUUCAAAAUAUUACUAACACAAAACUUUAAAUAUUACGGAUAGCAUAUUACAAAAGAAACAGAUGGAGAGUUCAGAAUGACAUGCAGCCAGGAGGCACUUGUCAUGCAGAUCUAACCCUGCAUUUACAGUAUUCUUUGUUUAAACAAACCUAAUAUAGCCAUAACAGUUAAAACAAGGUAGUUACAAUUUUAGUACAAAGAAUGUCACAGUCUAAAUUAUAUUUACCCUCAUUUUUUCUGAGGACAACUGGAAAUCUAUGAGCACACUGUAUGUUAAGCUCCUCAUGAUUUAGAUGGUACCAAAGGAGAUUAUAGCCAUAUAUUAACUUCACCAAGUGGACAUAAAACCACUAGAUGUAUAGUGUUAUCUAGUCAAAAGAGACAAAUGAUACCAAAUGAGAGUAUAUUAGAUAAAAAUGAUAAGGUGGGGAAUAGUUACAUAGUGUAGAUAGAAAUGUAAAGAUACUGAGUAUGAAAUGAGUACCUUUAUAAAGAGCUCAAAACAUGUCAGAAAAGAGCAGAAUCAAUGCAAAAAUGCGGUUCUAUAGCAUUAAAUAUUCUGUUUAUAGAAAUGAAACAUUUUAGACAUCCUUUCAACUAAGCACAUAAUUACAAAGCUGUUCAAUACCUUUUUCGGAUUCCUGGGAUGUAUGCACAGUAUUAUUUUAGGGAAUAUAAAGUUUUAAUGACUCGAGGAGGAAUGUACAUUAUACAGUAACACACAAAUUACAUAUAGUGAAGUUUUAAAGCAAGCGAUUUUUUUAUAUUUUUCAGAGUCAAAACUCUUAAAUUUGACAAUUUUAGGAUAAAUAAAUAAAUAUGCCAGCUUUGAAACAAUAGAUAUAAAGGGAAAAAAUGUAUAGAAAAUAUAUUUCGACAAUGAAAGAAAUACUGGAAAUGUGAAAAAGAACAUUUUCGGACUGUUUUGAUGGCAGGUCAACAUUUUAUGAGUUGGUUUGGGGUUGCUCUGCAGGGACUUGCAGUAUUUCUGAAAUCCUGGUUAAGGCCCUGUCUCUGUAUUUAUGGUUUUAAAUGCAAUCUUAAAGGGAAUGUUAAUUUAAAAAAUAUGCCUAGAUGCAUUAAAAUACAAAUACAACAUUUAAUAUUAACAAUCUGUCAAAUAAAGCCUGUAGAAUGUAAUGCAGGCAAGAAGUUGUCCUCUUUCAGUUAGAGAAUUUGUUAAGAUUCCUCCCUUUUCCAAAGCAAGGUCUGCAUAUGAUAGAUGAAUAUUAGAUGUGGAAAGUGAGGGAAAAGAAAGCAAAGGUAUGAUAUCACAGUACUGGACCAUUAUGAGUGCACAUAGUACUAUUGGUGUUCAUCAUAACCAUUACUGAAACCUGCAGCAACCAUCAUAUUUUAAACCAUAUUUCAUGCAUACACCCAUGUUUGGUUCAAGAGAAUACACUUCCAUUCAUUUUUAGCAUUGUAUUUGACUCUGUGAGGAAAAGAGGGGUGGGUAGGUUUUGGUUUUUAAGCAGUAAACUGAGGGAAACUUGAUGCUAUGCUAUACGUUGAUGUGCAAUGUUUGUGCUUUACACGGGUAGUGGCGAGAUGCUUUUAUUGACGAUGGACUCUGGGAUGGACUGACUGUCAGUAUUUUUUUUUCUGCUGUUUGAGCCAUGUCAUGACGCUGUGGCGUCAUGGUGGCACUGAUGAUGUCACACUAUUGUCACUAAGAUGUUGAUGAGGUUACAGUGACAACAACCAUGAAUGCUGUUGGAUGUAGUUAUACAGAAAAAAUAUGGUGAAUUUAAACAAUAAAGACAAUAAAUUUGUGAAAACAAA